AUGAAGACAGCUCCAGAGGAACAUUUAAACAGUCUGCAGUCACCAAAGAAUGCAAAUCUUGAAAAGAAAUUUGGCAGCUCACCAGUUCCAAAGAAUGCAGACCCACAAGAAGAUUUCAACAAUCCCUCACCAAAGAACACACACGCCCAAGAAAAGUUUGGCAGUUCACCAUUACAUAAUAACACAUACCAACAAGAUGAUUUUGACCAUCCGACAUUUACAAUGAAUACACCAAUGGAAAAUGGCAUUCCUAGCCCACUGUUACCAAAGAGCACAACCAUGGAAGAAGUUUUUUACAGUUCAGCAGCAUCCAAGAAAAGAGUCACUGCAGAAGGAUUUUGUAACAUCAGAACUUUCCAGCAUUCGAGAUGGGGUUUUGUUGGAUCAGAUAUGUACACAGAAUCCUCUGAUGAUACCAGGGAGUUUAAAGGGUCACUCACCAAGGAAUCAUUACCAUUUAUGGAAAAGAAAGAUGCAAAAAGGAGGUCAUCUCUAUCGUCAAUGGAAGAACAGAUUCCUGAGAGUUCAGAAUGUGAUGAACUCAUUGACAAAGGUUUCACAACAAGAGAGAAAUGGCCUUCAACAACUGGUAGCCAUGAGAAACCCCCAUUCAUGCUUCGAUGUAGCAAAAGGCUCCACAGUCAAGAAGACAUUAAACUUUGUCAACUCAGCCCCACCUCAUCCUCCUCGAAAGAAUUCUUAGUAACUGAAGAAAUCAAUAGGUUCCAAGGAGCUUCAGAGCAAACCCAAGAAAAUGGCUUGGGAAGGGCCAUUGAACAGUUUGCAUUGGUCUUAGAAAGAUAUAAAACCAAAAUGAAGUCACAGACAAGCAAGAAAAGCUCUGUGAUUCUGGCAUCUGUUGCUGACAGAAUUCAUUUUCAGCUGCAGGGGGUUGUGUCACAGAUUCAGGCAGAUGUAGGGAAGUUCACAAACCUCAGCAAAUCCAAGAGAAAAUGCUUGGAAUCGAGAUUCCAAGAGAAACAAGAGCGACUAAAACUCAUACAUGAUGAGUUCAAAGAAGAUGUAAAUAAGCACCUUGAAGAGUGCAGGAUGGCACUUGAAGAGCUCGAAGCAUAUCAUCUAGAAAUAAAGGGAAAUGCAGAGAGGCAGAAGGCAUCACACAGGAAGCUUCUCGUACAAGUGGAAGAGGCAAUCGAGAUCCAACUUUGUGAUGCCGAAAAGAGCAUCGCCGCUAUCCACAAGGCAACAAGAACAAAGAUGCAGGAAUUGAAACAUGCACUGGAGGAGUGCUUAAGCGAAGGACUGUUUAGUUGAUGGUAUGGUUUAUGUUGCGGGCAAAAGCUUAAUGACCUGAUUGUAUUCACCAACUGGAGGCUUUUGCUCAGAGAUGUGUAGACUUAUUAAGAGGAGUGUGUAGAUUCUUCGACAUGUAAGCCAGAUUUCAUGUUUUAUCAGCACUCCAUUCUACUCUGCCACUCAUUUAUUUUGUUUGUGGUACACUAAGAUAUCGAUGCAUGUAUUCAUGUGGGGUCUACCACCAUGCACAGGAGAGGGCCCCGGUUGCCUGAUGACAUGACUAUUGAGGUGGCAUUGCUUGGAUUUGUAUACUAGUUUUCUGUUUACGAGG